GAGAGAAUUAUUCCGGCUAUUCAUUCAGUCUCGUCCUGCAAGUCCCUCACAUUAGUUGGAAUGAGUUUUUAUCUGUGGACAUCUGACGAUAAUUCGUCCUCCGAGAAGACCUGGUGAGUCUCAUCCUCUCACACGUGCAAUAAAAUCGUGAGGGAUCGAAGAAUUCAAUAGUAGGCCUUCACAAUCGGCCGAGGUUAUAUCCCAUAGAUAAAUCUGGGAUCCCCAAGAAGACUACAGGGCUGGCUACAGGGAAAAAUAUUUAUUUGAAAUUAUUAUUAGCAGAGAGAAUGGGGUCUGAUCACACUCACAGGAGAUGGGGUCACCUGCGAAAGGUUCUGGAGCGUUCAGGGCCUUUCUGUCGACCCGAUUUCGAGGCCUCUCCAGACACUCUUCAAUUCCUCAUGGAAAAUUGUAAGAUAUUGGUGAUUGGAGCUGGUGGACUAGGUUGUGAGCUCCUCAAGAACCUUGCCCUCAUGGGUUUUCGACAGAUUCACGUAAUCGACAUGGACACCAUUGAACUCUCGAAUCUCAAUCGUCAAUUCUUGUUCAGACACAAAGAUCUGGGUUCCUCCAAGGCGGAGAUCGCUGCGAGAUUCAUCAACUCGAGGAUUCCCGGGUGCAGAGUGAUUCAUCACUGCUGCAUGAUCCAGGACAAGGACGAGGAGUUUUAUCGUCAAUUUCACAUAGUUGUUUGUGGACUGGACUCGAUAAUAGCCAGGAGGUGGAUCAAUGGAAUGCUCAUAUCACUGCUGAAUUAUGAGGAUGGAGAGCUUGAUCAGUCGACUGUGAUUCCGAUGGUGGACGGUGGUACAGAGGGAUUCAAGGGCAAUGCCAGGGUCAUUCUGCCAGGACUGACUGCCUGCAUCGAGUGCACUCUCGAUCUUUACCCUCCACAGGUGACUUAUCCACUUUGCACCAUUGCCAAUACUCCCAGGCUUCCUGAGCACUGCGUUGAGUAUGUCAAGGUGAUCGUUUGGCCCAAGGAAAACCCCUUCGAAGCUGCCAUCGACGGCGAUGAUCCCCAGCACAUCAACUGGAUCUACGAGAAGUCACAGGAAAGGGCGAGCCAGUUUGGUAUCAGGGGGUUGACUUACAGACUGGUCCAGGGGGUUGUCAAGAAUAUUAUUCCUGCUGUGGCCUCCACCAAUGCCACUAUCGCCGCUACUUGCACCACUGAGGUAUUUAAACUCGCCACUAGCUGCAGUGCCUCAUUGAAUAAUUAUAUGGUGUUGAACAAUCUUGAUGGCAUCUACACGUAUACGUACGAGGCUGAGAAGAAGAAAGACUGUUUGGCUUGUAGUGAAGUCCCUAGGGAGAUUCAAAUUCGUGACAGCAAUGUAAAACUUCGGGAGUUAAUCGACUUGUUGUGUGAGAAAACUGAUCUCCAGAUGAAGAAUCCUGGAAUUGUGGUAAAUGUGGAGGGAAAAAAUAGGACUCUGUACAUGCAGACAGUCCAGAGUAUCGAGGAAAAGACUCGUCCCAACUUGGCAAAGACAUUACGAGAGCUAGGGCUGGUUGAUGGCAUCGAGAUCAAUGUCGCUGAUGUCACGACACCCAAUACUAUCACUCUAAAAUUAAAAUUUCAAAAUAAUGACGUCGAGAUGGCUGGAUAGCAGCCAAUCGACGUGUGAAUGACAACUGUACAUUUACGUUAAACUUUAGGCAAUUAUCUCAAGGCAUUGAUCAUUAUAAUUAAUUAUCAAACAAUUGUGAUUAAUUAAUUGAGCAUCAAGGGUUUUAUAAAUGAAUAAAACACUU